GCCGCAGAGAAGCAGUUGUUUUGCAGGAAGGAGGGAGUGUACGGGCGUCCCGGGCUCCCUCCCUUUCUGCAGCCUCCUCCCAGCAGACGGUCCCAGGCACCCUCUCUGGGAAGGGCCAGCACCAGCGUGCAACGUGAAGGUGCAGCAGGGGCCAGGCUGCCCCUUCCGCCAGCAUCCUUGUCUUCCCUUGGGCACCAUUGGUCCUGCACUGUCCCAGGCUAACUCCAUCCUUUGUUGCUUUUUGGUUCCAUCUUAGAAGAGCUUCACUUAACUAAGAAAGAGUAGUUUGAAGGAGGUAGGAUGCAGGAGCUACAUCUGCUGUGCUGGGUGGUCCUCCUGGGCCUGGGACAGGCCUGUCCUGAGCCCUGUGACUGUGGGGAGAAGUACGGCUUCCAGAUCGCUGACUGUGCCUACCGUGACCUGGAGGCUGUGCCGUCCGGCUUCCCAGCCAAUGUGACCACGUUGAGCCUAUCAGCCAACCAGCUGCCCAGCCUGCCAGAGGGUGCCUUCAGGGAGGUGCCCCUACUGCAGUCGUUGUGGCUGGCUCACAACGAGAUCCGCACGGUGGCUGCCGGUGCCCUGGCCCCUCUGGGCAAUCUCAAGAGCCUGGACCUCAGUCACAACCUCAUCUCUGACUUUGCCUGGAGCGACCUGCACAACCUCAGUGCCCUCCAGUUGCUCAAGAUGGAUAGCAACGAGCUGACCUUCAUCCCCCGAGAUGCGUUCCGCAGCCUCCGUGCCCUGCGCUCGCUGCAGCUCAACCACAACCGCCUGCACACACUGGCCGAGGGCACCUUCACUCCACUCACUGCGCUGUCUCACCUGCAAAUCAAUGACAACCCCUUCGACUGUACCUGUGGCAUCAUGUGGUUCAAGACGUGGGCCCUGACCAUGGCCGUGUCCAUCCCGGAGCAGGACAACAUCACCUGCAGUUCACCCCAGGUGCUCAAGGGCACACCACUGAACCGCCUCCUGCCACUGCCCUGCUCGACACCCUCAGUGCGGCUCACCUACCAGCCCAGCCAGGAUGGCGCUGAGCUGCGGCCUGGCUUCGUGCUGGUGCUCCACUGUGAUGUGGAUGGGCAGCCAGCCCCCCAGCUUCACUGGCACAUCCAGACGCCCGGCAGCACUGUGGAGAUUGCCAGCCCCAAUGUGGGUGCUGAUGGGCGUGCCCUGCCUGGUGCCCUGGCAGCCAGCAGCCGGCCACGCUUCCAGGCCUUUGCCAAUGGCAGCCUGCUCAUCCCCGAAUUUGGCAAGCUGGAGGAGGGCACGUACAGCUGCCUGGCCACAAAUGAGCUAGGCAGUGCAGAGAGCUCAGUGAACGUGGCGCUGGCCACUCCAGGCGAGGGUGGUGAGGAUGCGCUGGGGCACAGGUUCCGUGGCAAAGGGACCGAAGGUAAGGGCUGCUAUACAGUUGACAAUGAGGUCCAGCCAUCAGGUCCUGAGGACAACGUUGUCAUCAUCUACCUCAGCCGCACUGGGGGCUCUGAGGCCGCAGCAGCCAAAGGGGUCCCGGGGCAGCAGCCUGCAGGCCUUCUCCUGCUGGGCCAGCCCUUCCUCCUCCUCCUCCUCGCCUCCUUCUAGUCCCACCCACAGCCUCCGGAUUCCUCCCUCUGACCGUAGAUGUCCCUUUGCAGCGCUGCAGGAGUCUGGGGGUGGCAACUCCUGAGACCACAUGGGGGGCUUCACAUCUUCCUACCUCCCCUUUUCCUCUCUUCUGGAACACGCAUCACCUCCAACUUUUAGACUUGCCCAAAGCUAGUGACUAGGACAGAUUUGAUCCCAUGACUCACGGGCUAUGGUGCUAAUUGCUGCUAAUCACUGCGCAUGCUCCCAUCAGAGCGGCAUGCUAGCAGGCGAUGCCCUACAGAAGGGGGCCCGUCUCAGACGGAAUUCCAGGCCCAGGCCCUGACAAGCCGGUGAAGGCUGCGGGCGGAGGCCCGGGGCUUGACAGGGAGGUAGCCUGAAGCAGACAAGGCACAGGAGAGAGGAACAGGACUUCAGGGCAGUGGCUGGCGCGCCUCUGAGGCUCUCGGUGACCAGCUUGAACUCCUCUGCCUCUUGCCAUUCUCUGGUGGCGGGAGGGCUUGGCAGUCUCUGCUCUCAUCUCAGACAAGACCAAAGGACCCAGGACGGCCUUCGUCUGCUACCUGUCCUCCUCAGCCCAUGCCCCUCCUUCCUAGACAUCUGCCCCACCUUUCUCUCCAAGUAUGCAUCUGUGGAGGCCCCUCUGCAAGAAGGCCAGCCAUCCUGGGGGCAGCAGAAAAAUAAAGAGCAUUUCUGAUGC